AUCAAAUUUCAUGCUUUAUAAAUACUAUCGAACGUUGAGUUUUGAAAGUAUGUGAAUGAAUAGUCGAGAAUUUCUCGGUUUUCGUAUCAGAUUAUCGAAAAAUAUGUAAUUUUACAGCAUAUAGUUUGGUUAUGAACAAUUUACUGUGAGCAAGUGGUCUAUAUUUGAUGAUUUAUGAAGGUAAGUUUGAAGUGUGAGGAGUGUGCAUGAUAAAGAGUGUGUAUUUCCUUGUAGCAAAUUUGUGUAAUUUUAUUACUGUAACUCUCGGUCUCUUAAAGCAUGUAGAUCUCCUGUGUUACAGGGAUACGGGGACAUGUAUUAUAAAGGGCAUAUUAAGAUAGCAUAAACCAACGUAUAAAUUAUUAACCAGAUUGCACUAUAAACGGGAAGCGCUGAAUCGUGUAAACAUUAUCAAUUUCAUAAUGUACUAUAAAUAAUCCGGCGUACUCAUGCUAUACUGCAGUCUGCAGAUUAAUUAACUGAAGUGAAUGUACUUGCAUAUAUACUUUAUUUGAAGACUGAACUGCAGUUGCUCAUUUAUUUUCCUUUAAAAAUGCAUCAAAUAGCUACAAUAAAUUGACUAAAGACCCCCCUUGGUGUUUGGGCAAACUUUUAUAGCUGAUAUUGCAUACAGUAUUUGCAAUGACAACAUCUUGUAGGAAAUUAAUUAAAUAAGACGGUUUCAAACAUGACUGCACAUCACAUCCUUGAAGAGCUUAUCUGCAUAGCCAAAUUUUAUAUGUUUCACACAUUUGUAUGUGAUUUUGUGACCAGCGAAAUUGUUUGGUGUCAGAUACAGUAAAAUAAGUACAAAGAAGGGGUGAACCGAUCAAGGUAGGCUGUGAGCAGGCCAGGAUGCAGGGCACUGUGCACAUUGCCACUUAAAGAGCUUAAAUAUUCCAAUAAUAACAAGCUUUCGUUGGUAGGGAUGCAGCUUAUUCCCAAAUUCUACAUUUUCAGUGAAGGCCAUCCAUCGGGAAGAACUUUAGUAUAGCCAAAGAGGAAGUUAGUCUACUAUAACUUCGCUCGAAAUGUUGAAUUUUACUUUAUAUGGAUCCCUACCAACGAAAGCUUGUUCAAAAUUUAAUGCAUGUGAAUAUAUGCAAGUAAGUGAUCUACUUGUGACUAUUCUUGAUUAGUAUCUAUCAUACUGGUGUCACAAGAUGUAGAUAUAUGAAUAUUUAUCAUUGGUUUAAUUAUCAUGAUAUUUGAAGAAUUUCCAUGAUGUCAUUUGUCUGAAUAUUUAUCUCUGCAUGAAUUGUUGUAAGCAGGUCUGUUAGGUUAAUUGCCCCUGACAUGUAUACACUCUAGAAGCAUUAUUGCUAUGCGAGCCAAAAAUAAUCCAACAUGUUGGUGGAAGUAGGGGUGGCGGGGGCACUGGUGUCCCAAUAAUUUUCUUUGUGUGUGUGGGGGAAUGGCCCAAUGGUCUAAAUCUGUAUAGAAUUGGGGAGGGGGCAUACACAUUACCAAGCCAAUGCAAAUAUCAUAAGAAGGUACAUCUUAGUGAGGUCAUAAAUAUCACCCCCAAAUAGCUUGAAAUCGCAUUCCAGGGACUCUAGAUUUCAAAAUGUUUCUGGAGCAUGCCCCUGGACCACCCUAGUAGGUCUCACCCCUUCAGUGUUUGCUUCUUCAGCCCCCCCCCUUCCAAAAAAAAAGCCGAGACAAUUUAGACAACUGGUACAAAUUGAAAGCUGUUUGAUGUGCAUUUGACAAGUGUGAAAUUUAUGAUAAUACUGUAAAUCAAUUUAAUAAUUAUUAUUGUAUAAUAUUUCAAAUAUUUUAUUCCUGUAGGAUGGCUGGUAAUAUAAAACUUAAUGUAGUGGGCCGUGUGACAACUGCUACUGCCAUAGCCCCUGAUGAUAAUAUUGACAACGAUUAUCAGACAAAGACACUACCUGCAACACCUGAUGACGACCUAUAUGACUCAGUCAGUCCUAGAGCAACACCCAAACUACCUGAAGAUCCAGAAGGGUAUUUGGUACCUUACCCAGAUAGUCAGAAAGGAGGUAAAUCCUCCAGGAAGUCCAAAGAUGAACAUAAAACAGGUUCAAAAAUCACUUCAAUAUAAAAUUCAAUAUAAUGCAAAAAGGUAUUCUGUUUCGGGUCAGUGGCGCACAUCAUCUUUGACUUAAUGCACAUCAACGUUUUUUAUGAAAACUGCUGAUCAUCUCUAAGAAAUUUCAAACUUUUAGGAAACUUUCUUCCCUGGUCGAGGAAAUCUACUAAAAUUUUGACAUGAAAGUACAGAAUACAUAUAUAGUGCUCAAAAAAUAACAUACUGCAUGUUUUCUCAUGAUUUUUGUGAGAGAUUAUCAAGCAUAUUCUUUUGAUAGAGUAGUUGGGUAGUAGAGUAGUUGGGUAGUUGGGUAGUUGGGUAGUAGAGUAGUUGGGUAGUUGAGUAGUUGGGUAGUAGUUGGAUAGUAGAGUAGUAGAGUAGUAGGGUAGUAAAGUAGUAGAGUAGUAGAGUAAUUGGGUAGUAGAGUAGUUGGGUAGUAGGGUAGUUGAGUAGUAGGGUAGUUGGGUAGUUGAGUAGUUGGGUAGUAGAGUAGUAGAGUAGAGUAGUUGGGUAGUUGGAUAGUAGAGUAGUAGAGUAGUUGGGUAGUUGGGUAGUAGAGUAGUUGGGUAGUUGGAUAGUAGAGUAGUAGAGUAGUAGGGUAGUUGAGUAGUAGGGUAGUUGAGUAGUAGGGAGUAGGGUAGUUGAGUAGUAGGGUAGUAGAGUAGUAGGGUAGUAGAGUAGUAGAGUAGUUGGGUAGUAGAGUAGUAGGGUAGUUAGAGUAGUAGAGUAGUAGGGUAGUUGAGUAGUUGAGUAGUAGAGUAGUAGAGUAGUUGGGUAGUAGAGUAGUAGGGUAGUUGAGUAGUAGGGUAGUAGGGUAGUAGGGUAGUAGAGUAGUUGGGUAGUAGGGUAGUAGAGUACUUGGGCAGUAGAGUAGUUGGGUAGUAGGGUAGUAGAGCAGUGGGGUAGUAGAGUAAAAAUGCUGUGCUGAGUGGUUAUAUUACUACCUUAAAAAAUAAGCAGAAACUCAACGUUUUGAGCGAAGGCCCUUUGUAGUAGAGUAGUUGGGUAGUAGUGGCUCGGACCCCUUAGCCCCCCCCCCCUCCCCUUGUGUCCGCCACGGAUUAGCCAAGACAGUAAAUUCAACCUUUAAGUUUGAGGUUCGGGUUUGCGGUAUAAAUUUUACACAUGGAUCCUGAUACAUUUUAUUUCUAUUUCUAAUAUUAAUUUUAAUACACAUGCUCUUGAAAAAAUUUCUGCAUAUUUUUACAUGGCCCACCCUUAUGAUUACAAUUAACUUUCUAUCCAACUACUCUACUACCCAACUACGCUAUUACUCUACUAGUCUACUACGCUACUACCCAACUACUCUACUACGCUACUACUCUGCUACGCUACUACCCAACUACGCUAAUACGCUACUACUCUACUACCCAACUACGCUACUACACAACUACGCUACUACUCUACUACCCAACUACUCUACUACUCUACUACCCUACUACUCUACUACCCUACUACUCUUGUACUCUACUACCCUACUACCCUACUACUCUAUUACUCUACUACUUUAUUACUCUACUACUCAACUACUCAACUACUCAACUACCCAACUCACCAUUCACUGUCGGGUACAUGACAACUUUUCAUUUGGUCAAACAUAUGGGUAAAAUUUGGUGUUCAAAGUAAAAGAGUGUUCUGACUGUAAUUUUUAAACUCAAUACUAAAUAUCUUGACGACCGAACAAACGUUACUCACACUAAAACCUAUGCGCUAAAGUGUAAAGUCAUAAACUGCUUAAUUAUUUAUUUUGCAGACAGAAUAUUCCGUCUGUAAUUGUAAAGUCUAUUUAACUGAAACCACUACCCGUAGUACGAGCGUUGUCCGGAAAUUUUCGAAUAUACGCAUCAUAUUUUUUGCCAGGUAUAAUUCAUUGUACUAUAAAUAAUAAUUUUCUCAUAUUCUUAUUGAUUGAAAGCCUACAGAUAAUUUUCUGUAUCUCGGUGCAGACAUGAACAUUACAAAUAAAUUUGUAUCGUUUAGUACGAAUAAAUCUCGUAUCGUUCAGUUCUCCUAUAUAGUUCAAGACAAAGAUUCUGAAAAUUUAAAGAUUCUGAAUAAUAAAAAAAUUAUUGAUUUUGCUUAUGCAGGAUAUCAGAAUUAUUCAGACUUCAGUCAGCGACUAAUUAACAAUUAGACAACAAGGCCGAAUUGUCUAGGAGCGAAUAGUCAACGAGGCGAAGCUGAGUUGACUAUUUGCUCAUAGACAACGAGGCCGAGUUGUCUAAUUGUUUUAGUAUAAACUUUAACAUUAAUUUACAACUAGGCUGCAAACACAAUUCAAAAAUACACAAAAAACAUUAUAAAACCAUUAAAGGUAAACAAAUAUUUUAGUUUUUGUUCGCGUAAAAUGUUUUACAAAAUUUAGUUUUAAUUUUAAAAUUUCAUUGAGUGUAUGUUAUUUUAUCUAUUUUCUUACCCUUAAAAAUUGCCAUUCCAUAUUUUUGUUGCUUUUUUCGGGCUUUUUUAGUACAGAAUUGUUCAACAAGUGGUCCAAAAAAUCAUCAGACACUUCGGCAAAAGUGCAAAACGCUAAUUUUCCGCCAUUUUGAAUUUUCUAUUAGUAGGCUAUCACUAAUAGCCUAGUAGUAGCGUAGCCAAUCAGAAGCCACGAUAUGUGAUAGCCUACUAGCACAGAAUACUACACAGAAGUCCAUCUCCAUUGUUUUUAGCGUAAGCUCUAUUCGUCAUGAUUCGUCACUCAGCAAGUACCGUAAACAGAAGCAGUCACCCCCCUGGACAUACGCCAUUUUUAGUAUUCCAGGAGGGGGACUACUUCUGUUUACGGUACUUGCUGAGUGACGAAUCAUGACGAAUAGAGCUUACGCUAAAAACAAUGGAGAUGGACUUCUGUGUAGUAUUCUGUGCUACUAGUAGGUUUAUACUAAUUGUUAAUUAUUCUAUGGAAAAUUUGAUGGUUACAUUAAAUAUGGAAAAUUUCCAUCUUCAAACCCUUCAACUAUUAGUUCUAUUGAGUGUACAGAUGCAUGAAAUCCUGAUUUUAUCAAGAAAACCCAAUAGGUUUCAAUUUCAAUAUAUUAAAUUUUUACCAAACUAGGAAUGUUCGGAAUAAGAAUUUUCCGCUAUCGGUAUACCGGAAAAAUUAUACUGAUAUUAUUGGUGCACCAGUUUUUUGCCUUUUAAAUUAGAUAGGAAAAUUCCUUGGUGGAAAUUUGAAGGAAAUUUUGAUUUUCAAUAAAUUCGAAAGCAGAAGCACCGUUUAUGAUAAUUUCGAAGCUGUUGACAUUGUUUUUAACACGAAAUAUCCAGGACUUCUUUAUUUACUUUGCAUUUGAGUAAAACAAAAAUUGAUGAUUUCACCAUAAUUUUGCAUGGUGUGUAAAUUUGAUACGGUGUACCGAAAAAUUCCGAUAUAUCGGAAAUUUCGGUAUAUCGGCAUGACUGAAAAACUCAUGCCGAUAAACCGAUGUUGGUUUCAAUACCAAUAUUUUCGGUAUAUCAGUUUACCGAACAUUCCUAUACCAAACAAUUAAAAAUACAAUUCAACUUAAAAAAUACAAUUAAGAGAGAGGAAAAAGUAUUAAAUACGAGAUGACCAGUAACCCAACAAGAAGCUAUAAAAGCUUAUAAAGUGUUGGGCACCUUAAAAUUGGGAAAAUUUAUCAAUUAGAUGUUCAUUAAACGUGCAGUGAUGGAUACAAUAUAGUCAAAAUAUAAAUAAUUAUUUACAGUUUACAACAUUGCAAUAUUAAAUCCAGUUCGCUAUAGUACAAACUAUUUAUAAUGAGCAGAUUAAGCCAUUGAGUCGCAUUGCGCCCUGAUGCGCCCUACUUUAUUAUUAAACUCUGUCUAACGCCAGAUUAUUUUACUCUGUUUAACACCAGACGAGUUUACUCGUCAAGGGGAGAGCGCUGGUGCUUAAUGGGUUCAACAUAAUGGGCUUUUAAAAAUUUAUUUCGGAAAGAUGCGAUUGAAAAAGUGCUUCGGACAUCUAAAGUCUCUAAACUUAAACUUGUUAUUGAAGAAUUUUGGGCUUUGGCCCUUGAUAAAACACGGAAAGUCGUCUGAUAUUAGUCCUACAAAACGGGAUAAUAAUUAUAUUGUGAAUAAGUAGUCGGUACUAUAAACGUGCCAACGAAGGUCGAAAUGGCGACGUUGUGCUUGACGUAUAUAUGUUCCAAUUUCCAGGUACAGUAGUUGUAUCUCUCGCAGUUCCACAGAACGAAUUCGAACCUAACUAUUAUUCUAUUCUUAACAAUGCGUACGCUAAAGUGUACCUAUUUUUUAUGCAGAGGCAUCAACCUCGGCCAGAGCGACAGCCAGACCAAGCGUAGUUUCUCUAUACGAAGAUCUCUGGGAAUAUACGAAACAAGGAGACAAAACCGAAGGGCAGGAGUAUCAUUUUCAACCGAACAACAAUGUCAAUGAUGAUCCAAUUUACGACGAAGUCGAGUCAAUGAUACCAUCCAAUUUGCCGCCGGGUGCAAAGAUUAUUCCUGUGGAAGAACCAGCGUCUGCGUAUGACGAGGUCAUCAUUAAUGACGGUGAGUACAAUGUCAAUCCGUCAAGCCAGUUUUUUUGGGAGGCAAAUUUGUCCGACGCCUCCGACGGAAAACCGGAUUUUUACAACUCAUGUACAUGUAGCACGUAAUAGCUAGCAAGGAUAUUUCCACGCUCCUCCUCAGAGUCCGCCAAACUGCAUGUCAGAGGCUUAUUUUUAAAAUACAUUACAGUCAAAAUACAAGAACCUUCCCACUUCUGCUUCUGUACAGUAGUCUGUUGAGAUUUUCUGUAAUUUGUUCCGUAUCACUGUAACGGUUACCGAUUUGUAGACACACAAAAAUAACGUAAUAAAAUUCAAAUUCCGCACCUUUGUCUAAAAUGCAAUGAAUCUAACGAAUUUUUUUUUCUGUGUUGGUGUUACUAACGAAGUUAUUAUUAUUAUCAUAUAUAAAAAAGAAAGAAAACUAAAUUUUGUCGCCAUAUUUGCUAAUAAUUUGGUAGCCUGCGUAGCAGGCGCUAUUUAGGGGGUCGCCUUCGCAUUCCCCCCUAGCUUCGCCCCCCCUCGCCCUCCGCCACCCCCCCCCCCCUAAAUAGCGCCUGCUACGUACGCAGGCUAAUAAUUUGGUAACAUAAAAACAGAACAAUUUACAAAAAGUUACAACAGAUUACAGUGGUAAGAAGUGCAAUGAGAAGGUUCUUGUAUUUUGACUGUAAUAAAAGGCUUUUAUAGACCUUUCUCAAAAUGACGUCAAAUGCGGAAAAACUCUUAAUUCGCAAUUUAUGCAAAUUAUGUUUUUAUGAAAUUUUUGGCUCGCCAACGACUUGCAUAGCGAAACGUUGCUAAAUUGUCGCUAAAAAUUGUCUCGUGGGACAUCGCAUAUCGUUUACCGCGUUUAACGUCAUUAUAAGAAAGGUCAGUUAACGAAGUUUUUGGCGAGCGUUUUUAUUGGUUUCAUACGGGCUUUGAAUUUAAUAUCUGCAAUUUGAUUGGUCAAUACCGUGCAGGAUCAGACAAUCCUGCGGGGGAAAUUUAAAUGCCUUCGCGCGGACUUUUUAAAAUGUAGGACAAUGAAAACGUUUUGACGUGUUAAGUUAGCAGUACAGUAUAUUAAACGAGAGGCAAGUUAACAAAAACGUAAAUAUAUAAGUUAUAAAUAAAAUAAAGUUAACCGUUGUUUCACUAUGUGUUACGUAUAACAUACAAAAAACUCCUCUUAUAAAUACGUGUAUACAUCAAGUUCAUUUCACGAUUCAACUUUUUUAUUCAGGUCGUUAUAUGAUACCGUCAAGGCAAUGGGACAGUGAUUCAGAUGCAUUCGAGUCUGAUUUUGAUGAAGACGCAGAAGCGCCCAAUUAUUUUGGCGAAAAUUUGGAGGAACUUUACGAAAAUUUAGAAUAUCGAAAAUUAGCCUCGCCAACACCAAGAACAGUAAGUUAACAGUUUUUCCUUGAGUUUCUUUUUUUGCUCAGUGAUGCAUUAUGUAAUCAUCUAAUUUCACUUCAUUUUCAUUGAUUGAGAGCCAUGAACUAGCUAUUGUAAAGGACACACGCUCAGCUGCCGUGGUAUCGGGUCAAUUUUUGCCUUAUUGGUAAACAAUCGGAGUCAGUAAAGAUUGUUCAACUUUAAAACUUUGGUGUUGUGAGGAUUCCAUCUAGAGCCUAAGUAGUACGCAAAACAUUAUGUCAGUCGACUUGCACUUUAAAGGUUUUUAAAAUUUAGCUCAGGCAAUAGGCCAAGAGAAUACCAUUUAAGAGAUGUGAUAUUCAGACCAAAGAUAAAAUAUGGCUCCUAAUAGACAUUUCUUAACUCGGGUAUAUACACCACUGCGUUGAUUCAAGGACUUUACUUCUACUUCACUUUAAUAUAUUGCCAUUUUAUAUUUAUUUAUUUAUUUAUUUAUUUAGAUACCAUUCACUAUGGUGCAUGACGACGAUCAAUCAUUGAAGUCUCAAGGAGGCAUAUUAAGCAAUUGUCUUCCUAUCUCAUUUUCCAAAACUUCAAAGUCUUCGGAGAAGUCAUUUGGUAACAGUCGUUUUUAUACCGUAUUAAGUAAGCUCAUCACUAAAACAUACAAUAGAUCAACACCGGGUUCGUCCUCGAAGAGAUUAUGAGUUCACCCUCGUUUGUUUACUUUUUUUGUGAAUGUCUGUCUGCUUUUUGUUUAUUUUCUAUUCUGAUAUUACUGUAGUAUUAUAUACACAGGGAUUCAUUACUCCAGUUCGCCCAAUAUAGGUCAUCGUUACAGCAGUCGUGGUUGGUGCAUGACUGAACUAGCAAACUUAGAAGUGGGCUAACCUGCAAUCAAGCCUCGGUCACAAAUACAUCUUUUCAUAGUGAUCUCAAACGCGGAAAUCUCUUCAAUGUCCCACAGGACAAUUUUUAGCAACAAUUCGCAAUGCCACAAUUCGCAUGUACAGUCUGUAUAACAUCAUUUGGAUUGCAAACUAUCGAUAACAGUUGUCCAUUGGGGCAUCGCAGUAAAUGUUAUUUUCCGCGUUUGAUGUCAUUAUGAAAACAAUCCAUAGAUCCUAACACAAUUAAACCUCCUGUUUUUCGCUCUCCGUCCAAAGUAUAGUUUAUAUUUAAUAUCCAAUCAAAUGUCCCAGGAGAAAUGAAACGCGGCAUGAAACAUGUGACUGCAUGUAACUAGCGAAUCAGGUAACAGAACGCCACCUAAUGCAAAAACUGUUACCAUGGUCAAACAUAGUUUUUUGGAUAAUAUUCAAAUGACAUGGUAUAUUUGCUGAAUUUGAUUUUCUAGCAGCUUGACAGUAAAAUAUUUUUAAAAUGCCGGAAGUGCGACCAGGAUUGAACAUAAUGAUUUUCGAGACGUUCUAUGUUUGGAAAUAUUUAUUUAUCACGAGUGAUUGAAAUAUUGGGCAUACAGCGUUUCUUUAUUUCCAUCGUUAGGUGUCGAGAAAAAAAGCAGGUUGAGAUUUUCUCCUAACCCUGACCCCUACAGGAGUCUAAAUUUAAGGGUUUGUGUGAAUAUAUUUUUUAGUUCGAUUUCUUUUAUUGUGUAGAUGAAUCUCCACUCUAUGUGGAUCCGAAUAGUUGGGGGAAAAAGGAACCUGUAAUGCCACCGCUGACUCUGGACCUGUCAACUGAAGAGGUAUUAAAUUUCUAGAAGAUUUCCAAUUUAAAAUUUCUUUCUCAAUGUGCCUCCUUUCUUAAUGGGGCGUCCAAAUGUGCCCAAGAAAAUAGGGGUGCAUCGUAUAGAGUAUUUUACUAUCCAGCUGCCGGAUACUAUCCGUGUGAUAUGAUUGAAAUCACUCGCUACGUUAAAUAUGAUGACGUAUAAGGCGUGAUUGGAUGAUAAAUUUAGCUUUUUGAUUGGACAUUUUGAAUUUGAGGUAUAAUAUACUACUCUAUACAUGUACGAUGUAGUCAAGGCCAAGUUACACGAGGGAACUUUUGCUUCAACUUGUCAAUAAGAGAAACGGCGUGCGUGAUCUAUGUUUCAUGUACUUCGUCGAUAUUUUUAAUUCUUUUAUUCCCCCAUGGUAAACUAGUAAGAAAAAACGUUGGCGAAAUAAAUGUUGGCUCAAAUUCUCUUAUUCGAUUAAGUAUUAUGACUCUCUGUCCGAAAUUGCAUUCAGCAAGUUUUGGCAACAAAUUUCCGUGUGUAGCAGUCCUUUAUAAACAUGUUGCAAUUUUGUACCAUUUUAUAUUUAGCCCCGUUUACACUACGCUCAAUUUUUGGUACGGCACGGAUAAAAUUGGUACCCGUACCACUUUUUUGGUUCUUGGACUACGUAUUUAGGUAGUCCAAGAACCAAAAAGUGGUACGGUACCAAAAAUUGAGCGUAGUGUAAACGAGGCUUGGCUAAAUAGGUAGUCCAAGAACCAGAAAAGUGGUACGGGUACCAAUUUUAUCCGUGCCGUACCAAAAAUUGAGCGUAGUGUAAACGGGGCUUUAUUCAUCGGAUCGUCACAGUUGAGUAGCUUUUCCCUUGGCCUAUAAACUUCAAAAUUGUAUUAUGUUUUCCUGAUUUUAGGCAGCACGGUACGAAAUAGUGAACAAGAUUUUGGCAACUGAGGCUACGUACAAGGAAAAUUUGAGUCAGCUUGUGAAG